AUGUCACUCACAGCAGCCGAAACGAGUGAUAUUCCUGUGUGUUAUGCCAGUGUCUCGAUUGGCUGCAGAGAUGAACACACUCUCCCAAAGAAGCUGGAAGCAAUCUCCAGCGCUGGCUUUACUGCCAUCGAACUCGGAUUCCCGGAUCUACUGGCUUUCGCCUCGACCUACAUGAAGAGAGAGGUCGGAGCUUACGAUUAUGAUGAUCUGGUCAUUUCCGCAAAGGUCGUCAAGGCCAUGUGCGACGCAAAGAAACUGAAGGUCCUCAUCCUGCAGCCCUUUGCCAACUUCGAGGGUUGGCAGGAAGGAAGCGACGAAAGGAAGGAUGCAUUCACUCGUGCUGAGGGUUGGAUCAGAAUCAUGGAAGCUGUCGGAACAGACAUGCUGCAGGUUGGCUCCUCAGACACACCCGCCGAGAAGAUCGGUACCGAUCGCAAUCGCUUCGUUAGUGACUUGCAACAACUCGCCGACAUGCUCGCAAAGAAGAACUUCCGCAUGGCCUACGAGAAUUGGUGCUGGUCGACCCACGCACCUACAUGGAAAGAUGUAUGGGAUAUCGUACAAAAAGUCGACCGACCAAAUGUCGGCCUCUGCCUUGAUACGUUCCAGUCCGCUGGAUACGAGUGGGCAGAUCCCACCACUGAGUCUGGGUUGGUAGACAAGCCCAAAGACCAGCUGGAAAAGGAGUGGAAGCAGUCAUGCGAAGAGCUCGCUCGCGCCGUACCAGCAGACAAGAUCUUCUUCCUACAAAUCAGCGAUGCAUACAGGCCUAAGCAGCCGUUCGACAAGGACGUCGACGAGUCUGGUACCCGUCCCAGAGGUCGUUGGAGCCACGACUUUAGACCGCUCCCCUUCCAAGGAUACCUUCCAGUCGUCGACUUCACGAAGGCUGUCUUGAAGACUGGAUUCAAGGGCUACUUUUCGUAUGAAGUCUUCGAUGGCGGUCCGGAUGGCAAAGGCAAGGACUACGAGCUUCAAGACUUUGCCAAUGAGGCGAUGGCUACUCAGCAGAAGCUUCUUGAGGCUUGUCGCGAAGCCUAG